AUGGUCACAACCCGCUCACUACGCUCACGGACGGUAUCAUACUCACUAACACAGCCCGUACAACGGAUACGGAGUAAUAAAUUAAACUAUCGCCAGACCAAACCGUACUCGCGUAAUAACACGAAGAAAGCAGACUCAAUUCAAGUAGAAGUUCUGAUUCCAUCGAUCGUACACACACAGUCAAACACCUAUCAAUGCGCCCGCGAACGACUGGCACCCUCGUCAAACCCAGAUUCACUUCCCUGUCGUGAGAACGAAUUUAAUAUGAUUAUGGGAUAUGUCGAGUCUGCAAUCAAAGAGCAGAUGGGAUGUUGUGUUUAUGUCUCGGGCGUUCCUGGCUCGGGUAAAACAGUUACGGUAAACGAAGUGAUAAGGAGUCUGCAGAAAAAGGUCGCGAAUGAGUCACUUCCCCCUUUCCAAUAUGCUCAAUUAAAUGGAAUGAAACUAACCGAUCCCACUCAAGCCUAUGUUCACCUGUGGCAGGCUAUGACAGGAAAAAAAGUAACCGCAUCGCAUGCAUGCUCGUUGUUAGAACACACUUUUAAUUCAGACAAGAAGAGCGAAUCAAUGUGUGUUUUGAUGAUGGAUGAACUCGAUUUGCUAGUGACGAAAAAUCAGAGAGUUAUGUAUAAUUUAUUUAAUUGGCCAAGCCUACCGUGUUCGCGACUGGUAGUAAUCGCUGUAGCCAACACGAUGGAUCUUCCCGAGAGAAUAUUGACUAACCGAGUGUCAAGCAGGUUAGGUCUUAAUCGUGUUAAUUUCCAACCAUAUGCGUUCCAGCAGUUGAUGAUAGUAGUUCAAUCUCGAUUGAAGGGUAUGGGUGUAUUCAAUAAAGAUGCAGUUGAAUAUGCGGCAAGAAAGGUUAGCGCUGUGUCUGGAGAUGCAAGGAGAGCAUUAGAGAUCUGCCGACGUGCCGUCGAGAUAAUAGAAUCCAAGAAGACGUCACGGGAACACUCUAAAUCUAACGCGCAAGUUACAAUCGGUAUCAUUGAGCAGGUGGUAAAGGAGAUGUCGUCAUCACCGACGAUUGCAUUCGUUAGUAAUGCGUCCAUACAUCAGAAGAUAUUCUUAUGGUCAUUGCUACAACGCACGCGAGUCACGGGAUUGGCUGAAGUCGAACUUGGCGAGGUCAUCGCACAACACAAUCAAAUGAGUCGGCUGCACAACAUCGAAACACUGUCUGUGAAUGACUUAUUAAGCAUCUGUUCUAUAUUAGCAUCACUGAUGUUAAUCGAGACCAAUGGUAAUAGUAUAGACAUUCGCACUAUUAUUAGGCUCAAUAUUAGUGAAGAAGAUCUGAUAAUGACAUUUAGGAAUGAUGCAUUCUUUAAGAAUAUCACCGUAUGA